AUGCCGCCCACCAGCACAAACAACGAACAUGGGCCGCCGUCGACGGGACACUCGCGCGACCCCUCGAGCGCCAGCGCGCGCCUCGCCCACACGCCCGCCACCCCCAGCCAGCUGAGACAGGCGCAUGCCCCCUCGGACCGCUCGAGCAGCCCGGAAGAGACGAUGCACCGCCGCCAGUCCUACUACGCCGACGAGCCGGGCCCGCGCCAGCACCAACACGACGACGUCAACAGCCUCCCAGACAGCCACACGCCCCGCUCGCCACACUCGACCCACGACGGCAUCGUCGAGGUCGACAUGGCCGAGCCCACCGUCCGCUCACGCCUGCUCGACGCCGCCGCCAGGGACGAGUGGGUGCCGCGGCCCGGCGUGCACCGCAACUACGGCAGCUUCGCCGGCAGCAUCCACUCGGACCACAGCUUCGACGCCCCCUUCCCCAGCACCGCGCCCACCGCCGACGGCCAUGCGCCCGAUGCCACCCACGCCCUGCUGGGCGAUGCCUUGGCCGACGGCCUCCUCGCCAGCGACGACCGCAAGAACAUGAGCACCACCCGCUGGCUCGCCGAGCGCCACGGCAUCAAGAGCCAGCGCAUGAUGUACCUGCAGUACUACGUCCCCGUCCUCAGCUGGACCCGCCAGUACAAGUGGCGCUACCUCAAGGGCGAUCUCGUCGCUGCCGUCACCAUGGCCUCCUUCUACAUCCCCAUGGCCCUGUCCUACGCCUCCAACCUCGCCCACCUGCCCCCCGUCCACGGCCUCUACAGCUUCGCCAUCAACCCCCUCAUCUACGGCCUCCUCGGCACCUGUCCGCAGAUGAUUGUCGGCCCCGAGGCCCCUGGCUCGCUGCUCGUCGGCGAGAUUGUGCGCGAGAACAUCAAAAAGGGUGCCUCGGGCGAGGGCGACGGCCGAUUGAACGCGGAGAUCGCGGGCAUCGUCACCUGCAUGGCCGGUGGCUUCAUCUUCGUCGCCGGCCUGUUCCGCCUGGGCUUCUUGGACAACGUGCUGAGUCGCCCGUUCCUGCGAGGCUUCAUCAGCGCCAUCGGUGUCGUCAUCUUCAUCGACCAGCUGAUCCCGGAGACGGGCCUGGCACGGCUGGCCGCCAAGCACGUCGCUCACGGCAGCUCCCUGGACAAGCUCGUCUUCCUCGUCUCCAACAUCCACCGCGCCCACAAGCUCACGUGCGCCAUGUCCUUUACCGCCUUUGCCAUCAUCAUGUUCUUCAGAGAAUUCAAGAAGAGGCUCCAGCCACGCUACCCCGGUGUGGCCUACAUCCCCGAUCGCUUCGUUGUAGUCGUUCUGUCUGCCCUCUUGACCUGGCACUACAGGCUGGACCAACAUGGCCUGGCCGUCCUCGGCGACGUAAACUCCAGCGGCAGCCUCUUCGCUGUGCACUUCCCCUUCGACACCAGACACCUCAAGUACGUCGGCGACGCCGUCAACACCGGCCUGAUCAUCGCCCUCCUCGGUUUCUUCGAGUCCUCGGUCGCCGCCAAAUCCCUUGGCUCCGGCGACCACCAGAAAGACGGCGUCCAACUGCCCCUCAGCGCAAACCGCGAACUCAUCGCCCUCGGCACCGCAAACAUGACCGGUGGUCUUUUCAUGGCCCUCCCAGCCUUUGGCGGCUAUGGGCGCUCCAAAGUCAACGCUUCGACGGGCGGCCUCACACCCAUGUCCAACAUCUUCCUCUCCAUCAUCACGAUCCUCAGCACCGUCUUCCUGCUGCCGUACUUUUACUACCUGCCCAAGGGUGUGCUCUGCGCCAUGGUUUCGGUAGUGGCCUAUUCCCUCGUCGAAGAAGCGCCCCACGACAUCAACUUCUUCCUGCGCAUCCGCGGCUGGUCUGAACUGCUCCUCAUGGGUCUCAUCUUCUUCAUCACCAUCAUCUGGGAUCUGAAGCGCGGCAUCGGCGUGGGCAUCGGGCUAUCCAUCCUGCGCCUCAUCCGCCACUCGGUGCGCCCGCGCAUCCAGAUCCUCGGCCGCGUGCCAGGCACCACGAACCAAUUCGCCAACGCCGAGCUCGACCCUGGCAGCCUGGAGUUCAUCGAGGGCUGCCUGAUCGUCAAGAUCCCCGAACCCCUCACCUUUGCCAACACCGGCAACCUGCGCUCGCGCCUGAGCCGCCUCGAAGACCACGGCACCGGCGCCGCGCACCCCGCCCUCCCGCGCAUCCGGCGCCGCGAGCACAACAAAAACGUCAUCUUCGACGUGCACGGCGUCACCUCGCUCGACGGCGCCGGCGCCCAGGUGCUCUCGGAGAUUGUCGACAGCUACCGCAAGCGCGACGCGCGCGUCUUCUUCUGCCGCGUCCCCCACGAGCGCAGCCCCGUCGGCCAGCUGUUUGAAAAGAGCGGCAUCGUCGACAUGUGCGGCGGCCCGCGCCACUUUGUCAAGAGCGUCGAAGAGGCCCUGCGCAUGGCCGACCUCGAGCGCCUGACGGAGGAACUCGGCAGCGAGGCGGGGAGUUCUCGCGCUGCUAGUGGGUUAGGGUUGCACUGA